AUGGGUUGUAGCCUUCUAGAUUCUAUUCUUCUUACUGCUGCCUUUCCCAUUCCCUUCAUCCCUUCAUGUCCUUUUUGUGAUUUCUCUUACUCCGACACGCGGUCACCCCUGGUCAACGCUGGUCAACGCGCUCAGCACGGCCACAGCAGAGUGGAACCGUCGACCAACCCCGCCCUGGUUGAGUCCAGGGGCCAAUCAGACGCCGCCACGUCAGCGGACGGCCACACCACAGCAGCAGUGGCAGCGGGAAGAGGGGCGAACGGGGAAGGCAAUCGGGGGAUAGGGCAGGCGGAAGCAGGAGGAGGAAGGACGGGGGAAAGUGGAGGAGGGACCAAUGGGGCCAAUGGGGGGAACGGGGCGGAUGGGGCGGGAGGGGAGGUGCCGCGGCCGAAGGCGUUGAGCGAGGAGGAGGAGAGGGUGAUGUGUCGGUACUACGAGGGCAAGAUCCAAGAAGUCUGUGCCGCCUUCCGCUUCCCCUACAAGAUCUACUCCACCUCGCUACAGUACUUCAAACGCUUCUUCCUCAUGUGCUCCGUUAUGGAGCAUGACCCUAAAAGCAUCAUGCUGACAGUCAUCUACAUAGCGUGCAAGGUGGACGAGGUGUAUGUAUCAGCGGAGGAGUUUGGGAGGGGCAUAGGGCAGGACCCGCAGGUGGUGCUGGGCUGCGAGGUGCAGGUGCUGCAGACGCUCAAGUUCGACCUCAUCUGCUACGGGCCUUACCGGGCGAUUGACGGCUUCCUGCUGCAGCUGGAGCAGGUGAGGGGGUGCUGA